CUCCAGACCCAAGAGACAGACCAACCAGCUGCAGUUCCUGCUUAAAGAGGUGUUUAAGAUGUUGUCGAAACAUCACUUUGCGUGGCCCUUCCUGGCUCCUGUAGAUGCCAUCAAGCUGGGCUUACCUGACUACUACAAGAUCAUCAAGAUCCCGAUGGACAUGGGCACCAUAAAGAAGCGCCUGGACAGCCACUUCUACUGGAACGCUCAGGAGUGCAUUCAGGACUUCAACACCAUGUUCACCAACUGCUACAUCUACAACAAGGUUAGCAUCACAUCUGUGUAUCCUCAUGUAUGAAGUCAACACAAAGAG